AUGGACAAUGAGACGGAUGAUGAAAUAAUAGCAAGUACGUGUGAACCGUCUCACGCUGCACACAACGACGGCAACAGACUUAGUGACAACGACCAGGCUGUGUGCUGGCUAGUAUUAAAGGCAUUAAGUUUUAAACAUGGCAUCCACUGGGAGCGCAGCAGCACGCACUUGAAUACUGUGCAACCUAGACAACAGGGACAUCAGACCGUGAUGCCAUAUAUGAAAUGUAUUUUAGUAAAUAUAUUUAUGAAAAAAAUAAUAGGAGAAAAGUGUUUGCGCACGGCUCGUGGCAACCAUGCGUUUACGGCCGCGCAGCAUUUGGUACGGGACGGACAUGCGAACGAGCCGAAUAUGGAAUGUGAGGCGGCUGAUAGGGUGGACGGCAGAAGGCAGAAGUCACAAAACACGCAAGAUUGGAAUUUAUGGCCCAUAAUGUCCAGAUGGCUUGACAGGAACACGGGAUACUUGAGGGAUGGCGAGGUAGGAGUAUUAGGGACGGAAUGCAUAGUACAAAGAGACAAUAGUGCACAAGAAAUACAGAAAGCGGCGAACAACAAAAUUGAGGAAGUGGGGCAAGCACUACAGCAGGAGGUGCAACAAAUAUUGGAAGAACUACAUAAAUCCAGCGACAGCGACAGUAUGGAGACUAUAAUACAGCGCGUGAAGCAGGGGCAGGACUCCGCUUCGAAAACUCCACAAGAACACGCACACUCACCGGGGGAAACACAGGCAACAUCAUCAUCAUCCACAACAUCAUCAUCACAGCCAGGCAAGUCAGACUCAGAAACACGGUCACCUCCCGCAGCCGUACCCGCCCCUGCCGACAACCACACACCAGCCACACCAGUAGCGGCGAAACCGGCAACGGUGACACCGGGGGCGAAGGCAUCAUCUGGUGCUGGUGGUGGUGGUAGUGGUGGUGGUCCGAAUGGUGGCCCUGAAGCCGGGAGGGGAAAGAAGGGGAAGAAGGCCGCAACAGCAGAUAAUUGUGAUUGGAAUAGCAUAGUGGAAGAAUGGAGGAAGCAAAUGUACGUGCUGCGUACUUAUGCUAGCACAGAACUCAAGGUAUUGAAGGAUGUGUUGCAGCAAUUUACUGAUUAUAUGGAAGAGAAGAAGGAUAUGAUGGAUGAAUACGGUGUAAAUUGUGAAAAUUAUGGUUGGGAUGAUAUCUCCUCAGAUGGGAGUCAUCACAUGGGCCAAAAAGUAGCGGACAUGAUGCGAUGCCGACUCAUGUCAGGUGCACUGUGGUUUGCAAACGGUAAUAAAGUAGAAGGCCCCAAAGAAGAUGGAGCAAGGGGAAAUGUCCACAUGGAUGAAACGGAGGAGAGGCUGAGAUGUGAGGUAGCAAAUGCAUUUGGGUACAUAUUGGAAAGAAAAUUUUGUGCACAGCAAAAAGGAUUUAAGAGGGGUGUAAAGUAUGCCUGGAAAACAAUGGAACACAUGGUCUCAAGUAAAUAUGGAACGGGGCAAACAAUGACAGGUGCAGUCUUUGAGCGAAGGUGCACAGAAUGUGGGUAUAACAUUGAGAAAAGUGGAGUAAGAGUAGUAGAUGGAGAAAUGGUAGACUGGUUAGUACGAAACGGCGGAAUAAUGGACAAAAUAGGAAACAUGGAAAACCACAUGCCCUGUGAUCAGACGUGGCAGGCGUAUAAAAAAAGUCAGGGUGUUACAGACCAAGUCCAGGACAUUAGCGAGAAGAUGCCUGAGGUAAAACAAACGGAGGAAGAAGUAAGGACGGAGACGAAGAAAGCUGUUGAGCACGUGAAGGCCAUAGUGGAACGCAAAAUUCAGGAAGCGGAAAAAAAAGCAAAGGAGCCGAGCAAGGACGCGGCGCGCGCCACAUCCCCAGGACCAGCACCGGCGCCAGCACCACCGCCAGCGCAAACCACAUCAGGUGACGACACGGGACCACCUCAACCAGCAGCAGCACCACAGUCACCACCAACUGCAGAAACGGCUGGAGCAAAGGCAGGAGGAAAGGGUGAAGCAGGACCACCCGCACCUAACGAAGCAGCAGAAUUAGGUACAGGAGGACCAGAGCAGAGUCCGAACAAGGAAGAAACCAACGUUACACCCAAGGAUGACAAAGGCGAUGCCGUCGUUGACGGCGGUAACGAUGACCCCCCUCCUCUCAAUCCACCCAAACCACAACCGAACCCGAACCCCGAUCAAUCGGGGAGCGGCGGUAGUAGUAGCGGCGGAGACCCCGGUCAGGCGGGACAGGACGGCAACCGUGGUGAGGAAGGAGAUCCUGGGACAAAGGCUGCGGAUCAGGAUGAAUUCUCCGUAAAGAUCAGUCUAUGGGGAAUAGGGGGACCAACUUCGGGUAGUGCAGGCGGUGGACAAAAUGCGGGCCAUGGACAUGGCGGUGACCUACCUUGCAGCCAACAUCCUUCUGCAAAGAUGCCGAAAAAGGAGACUACGCAGUUCCUGACCUAA